UCUUUAAUUCAAGUAAAAAACAACAUUACUAAAAUCUUGUCUGGUUAUGGAUUUGAAAUUAGAAAAUUUAAGUCAAAUGACUCCCGUGUGUUUUUAGAAGGUAAUGAUGAUUAUUCUUUAUCAGAAUAUGUCAUAUCAGAUGAGAAUACCACUAAAACAUUGGGAAUUUCUUGGAUACCCACGUCUGAUUGUUUUAUUUAUAAACUUCAACUUGAAGAUUCUCUGACAAAUUCCGUUACCAAGAGAUCAAUAUUGAGUUUCAUUUCAAAAAUAUAUGAUCCAUUGGGAUUCCUUGGACCCAUAAUUAUCCGAGCAAAAUUAAUCAUUCAACAGUUGUGGAAACUUCAAUUAUCAUGGGAUGAAAAUUUACCCAUAGAAUUACAUUCCCAAUGGUGUGAAUAUAAGAAACAAUUAUUUAAUAUUAAUACUAUACAAAUACCUCGACAAGUUUUAAUUAAAGGUGCUAAUUUGGUCGAAUUACAUGGCUUUUCUGACUCUAGUGAGAGUGCUUAUGGCUGUAGCGUUUAUCUAAGAUCUAUUAAUAAUGUUGGAGCCAUAGAUUGUCGUUUGUACUUUGCCAAAACAAGAGUAGCUCCUGUACAGGCAAUUAGUAUUCCAAGACUUGAGCUCCAAGCUGCAGUGCUCUUAGCUAGAUUAGUGAGCAAGUGUUUAAGCACUAUUUCCUUUGAGAUUCAGAAUAUAUAUCUAUGGACUGAUUCAACCAUAGUGUUAGCUUGGUUGUCAAGAGAGCCUAAAACUUGGCAAACUUUUAUAUGCAAUCGUGUCUCUGAAAUCCAACAGUUAACCAAUAUAACUGAUUGGAAUCAUAUUUCAACUCAUGAAAACCCAGCUGAUAUAUUGUCUAGAGGUUCUCAAACUAACGAUUUUUUGUCCAAUAGUUUAUAUUGGAAUGGUCCUUCGUUCCUUAGACAGGAUAAAGAAAAUUGGCCUGAAGCCACCAAUAUUUCAUAUUUUUCCAAAAAUCCUGUAGAUGUUCCCGAAUUCAAGAAUCAAAAUAUGAAUUUUCUAUGUCAGACCGAUAACCUGUUUAAUUUUGAUGAACUUUUUUCUAAAUUUUCUUCUUUUAGUCAAUUAAUAAGAGUUGCGGCCUACGUCUUUAGAUUCAUAGAUCGCUCUAAAGGUCGACAUGAUGUUCAAAACAUUAAAUUUUAUUGCCGAAAAAACAUAAAUUUACAAGUUUACUGAUACAUUCCGAGCAUUUAAGAGCUUUACACGCCGGAAAUCAAGGAACGUUAUCACAUAUACGCCAAAAAUAUUGGAUUAUUGACGGCAAAAUGGCAGUCAAAUCCUGUAUUAGAAAUUGUAUCAAAUGUUUCCGAGCCAACUCGCCUAAUUUGACUUAUAAAAUGGGCGAUUUGCCUUCUGUCCGCGUAAAACCUUCUAAAGUGUUUCUUUCUGUUGGAAUCGAUUAUGCAGGCCCCUUUAAUUUAAAGGAUGGCCAAACCAAAAACAGAAAAAUAAUAAAAUGUUAUGUCGCGAUUUUUGUGUGUAUGGCUACGAAAGCUUUGCACAUAGAUUUAGUCACGGAUUUGUCCACAGAUGCUUUCUUAAAUUUGCUGAAACGUUUUGUUUCGCGUAGAGGUUUGUGCACAGAUAUUUACUCAGAUAACGCUACUGCUUUCGUUGGCGCAGACAAUGAGUUGAAACGUUUGCAAAACAUUGUUAAUGGCGGUGUCUUAAGAGAUUAUUUGAACCAAACUCAGAUAAAUUGGCAUUUUAUUCCAGCUAGAUCCCCAACAUUUGGAGGUCUUUGGGAGAGUGCUGUGAAAUCUUGCAAGCAUCAUCUCAAGCGUGUUUUACAUAAUGAUCAUCCUCUUAAUUUCGAGGAAAUGUAUACAUUAUUGGUACAGGUGGAAGCCGUCUUAAACUCUCGGCCGCUUAUAAGCCUUUCUCCUGAUCCUAAUGACCUGGAGGCUCUUACCCCAGCCCAUUUCAUUAUUGGACAGCCAAUGACGGCAUUGCCUCAGAGAAACCUGGAAGAUUCUCACACUAAUUUGGUAAAGCGACUUCUUCAUGUUCAGAAGCUUUUCCAGCAGUUCUGGAGACGAUGGAGCCAUGAUUACCUUCACACCCUCCAGGAACGCAGUAAAUGGCGUUUCAAUAAGGAUCCCAACUUACAAAUUGGUGCCUUAGUGAUUGUUAAGAAAGAAAAUACUCCCCCAGCCUACUGGACCUUGGGUAGAAUUUCUGCAGUCCAUCCCGGUGCUGAUGGCCUCGUUAGGGUGGUCACCAUUAAGACUAAGAAUGGUUUCUUGAAGAGAGCAACAACGAAGGUCAGCCUUUCAAAGGCGGCGGGAUGUUCGGACUACGAGUGUACCCUCAACUUUAUUUCAUUCAAAGUUCAGUCCUACUGACGCCAUCUAUCGGACGGCGUUUGUAACGCGCCACUUACCUUGAGACCACAGCGCCCCUGACGGGACGCCUCGACUCUUCUUCUGUCAAAAACG